AUGAGCAAUAUUCAUACCCUAGCGGAGUACAGGGACGACUAUGGGGAAAACCUCCCCUUCAAUAGAAAGUACUAUCAGUCCCAGAGUAGCUUCAUACAAAGAUCGAAACCCAUUGAUGUAGUAAACCUUAUAUUUCCGCACUUUACUUGGAAGAGCUUUAUCAUGGCUGUGUCCAUCAUACAAAUAAUUGUUUUUAUAAUAUCAAUUAGUAUAAAACCUGCCGAUUUUUUGACUCCCUCUGAUUCUUUCCUCAUAACGCUAGGAGCGAAUGUGGCUUCCAAGAUAAAGCAAGGCGAAAUUCACAGAUUGGUUCUUCCCAUAUUCUUGCAUGCGAAUAUAUUUCACACAUUUUUUAAUGUAUUUUUCCAGUUAAGAAUGGGGUUUACAUUGGAGAAAAAUUACGGCAUUGUGAAGAUCAUCAUUCUUUAUUUCUUGACAGGCAUAUAUGGUAACAUGUUAUCCUCAUGUGUUACUUAUUGCCCUAUCAAAGUUGGCGCGAGCACCUCCGGUAUGGGAUUACUGGGCGUUGUAACAUCUGAAUUAAUAUUACUGUGGCAUGUUAUUAGACAUAGAGAGAGAGUCGUUUUUAAUAUUAUCUUUUUUUCUUUAAUUUCUUUUUUUUAUUAUUUUACAUUUAACGGGUCAAAUAUUGAUAAUGUUGGUCAUUUGGGAGGAUUGCUCUCAGGCAUCUCCAUGGGCAUACUCUACAACAGCCAAAUGGAAAACAAAUCUUCCUGGUAUGACCACAUGAAGAUGGCUUCCUAUGCUUGCUUGGCUCUAUUAGCCAUCGUUCCUCCGAUUGUUUUGUUUACCGUACCACGCACUUGCUAA